GAAAGGGCUCGGACGCUCCAGGUUCACAAGCCGUGGAGGGCGCAGGAGCGCGAAAAAGCUUCCGCGUGCGGCUGCCGGGCGCAGGCGCUGGCGACUGCCUCCCGGACAAGGCACUGCCGGGGAGCUACCGGCUGGUCGCCGCCCAGGGGUGGACCCUACGCGGCGGAAGGCGCGGCCCGGGCGCCCGCCCGAUGGGGCGGGAGGGGCGGGCCGCUGCUGCGUCCCCGCCCUGUGCUCGGGCCGGGCGGGGAGGGUCCCGGGGCGUGCGGCCCGGCCGGUUGGUGAGACUGUCCGGGCAGACGCAGCGCCAUGCGCGCCCCUUCUGCUAGGGCGCUGCUGCUGAUUCCGCGCCGGGGCCCUGCCGUGCGAGCAUGGGCCCCGGCCGUCUCCUCUCGGACAUGGCUGGCUUCUGAAUGGACCCCGCUCGUACGCGCGUGGACCUCUCUGAUCCACAAGCCGGGUCCGGGCCUCCGCUUUCCCGCGCCCCUAUCCGGGCUGCCUGGCGGCGUGGGGCGGUGGGCCACCUCCUCGGGGGCCCGCAGGUGCUGGGUGCUGGCAGGACCCCGCGCCGCGCAUCCCCUGUUCGCCAGGCUCCAGGGUGCAGCUGCCACCGGUGUGCGAGACCUUGGGAACGACUCGCAGCGGCGUCCCGCGGCGACCGGGCGCUCAGAAGUAUGGAAGCUCCUGGGGCUGGUGCGCCCCGAGCGCGGGAGACUGUCAGCUGCAGUUGGGUUUCUGGCUGUGUCCAGUGUCAUCACCAUGUCUGCCCCCUUUUUCCUGGGGAGGAUCAUUGAUGUCAUCUAUACCAACCCAAGCGAGGGCUAUGGCGACAGCCUGACUCGGCUCUGUGCUGUGCUCACCUGUGUGUUCCUGUGCGGCGCUGCCGCCAACGGCAUUCGUGUCUACCUCAUGCAGUCUUCAGGUCAGAGCAUUGUGAACAGGCUGCGCACCUCUCUGUUCUCCUCCAUUCUAAGGCAAGAGGUUGCUUUCUUUGACAAGACCCGCACAGGCGAAUUGAUUAACCGCCUCUCCUCGGAUACCGCACUCCUGGGGCGCUCCGUGACUGAGAAUCUCUCAGAUGGCCUGAGAGCUGGGGCCCAGGCCUCUGUUGGUGUUGGCAUGAUGUUUUUUGUGUCACCAAGUCUGGCCACCUUUGUUCUGAGUGUGGUACCUCCCAUCUCUGUCCUCGCUGUGAUUUAUGGGCGAUAUCUACGGAAACUGUCCAAAGCCACACAGGACUCCUUGGCAGAAGCCACACAGCUAGCUGAGGAGCGGAUUGGAAACAUAAGAACCGUCCGAGCUUUUGGGAAGGAGAUGACGGAAGUGGAGAAGUACACCAGCCGAGUGGACCAGUUGCUGCAGCUGGCACAGAAGGAGGCCUUGGCACGAGCCGGCUUCUUUGGAACAGCUGGGCUCUCGGGAAACCUGAUUGUGCUGUCUGUCCUGUACAAAGGAGGCCUGCUCAUGGGCAGUGCCCAUAUGACAGUGGGCGAGCUCUCUUCCUUCCUCAUGUACGCUUUCUGGGUUGGAUUGAGCAUCGGAGGACUGAGUUCAUUCUACUCCGAGCUGAUGAAAGGCCUGGGUGCUGGUGGGCGGCUCUGGGAGCUGCUGGAGAGACAGCCACGGCUGCCUUUUAACGAGGGGAUGGUGUUAGAUGAGAAAACCUUCCAGGGUGCCCUGGAGUUCAGAAACGUGCGCUUCACAUACCCUGCUCGCCCAGAGGUGUCCAUAUUCCAGGAUUUCAGUCUUUCCAUCCCGUCUGGAUCUGUCACAGCGCUGGUUGGCCCAAGUGGUUCUGGGAAAUCAACAGUGGUUUCGCUCCUGCUGCGGUUGUACGACCCUGAUUCUGGAACAGUCAGCCUUGAUGGCCAUGACAUUCGUCAGCUAAACCCCGUCUGGCUGAGAUCCAAGAUUGGGACAGUGAGUCAGGAGCCAGUCCUGUUCUCCUGCUCUAUCGCUGAGAACAUUGCCUACGGAGCUGACAACCUCUCCUCGGUCACAGCCCGGCAGGUGGAGAGGGCCGCGGAAGUGGCCAACGCUGCCGAGUUCAUCCGAAGCUUCCCACAGGGCUUCGACACUGUGGUCGGGGAGAAGGGCAUCCUCCUGUCCGGUGGGCAGAAGCAGAGGAUCGCAAUAGCCAGAGCCCUGCUGAAGAACCCCAAAAUUCUUCUACUUGAUGAAGCAACCAGUGCACUGGAUGCCGAAAAUGAGCACCUGGUCCAGGAGGCACUUGACCGGCUGAUGGAAGGGAGAACCGUGCUGGUCAUAGCCCACCGCCUGUCCACCAUUAAGAAUGCCAACUUUGUUGCUGUCCUUGACCAUGGAAAGAUCUGUGAACACGGGACACAUGAAGAGCUGCUCCUGAAGCCCGAUGGGCUUUACAGAAAACUGAUGAACAAGCAGAGUUUCCUAUCAUAUAAUGGAGCAGAGCAGUUCCUGGAACCUGCACGGGCGUAGCCUGCAGUGCAGGUAUUGGGUAACUGAAGCAGGGCUGUGACUCUAUCAUAUACUUAUCAGUACCCUGUCCACAGACAGAAACAGAGCAGCAGCUAGCGGUGGGCUGUCUGAGAGACCUUAAAACCAAACAGCAUUGCAGAGAACAGGGCCUGGAGGCUGUGUGAAGCCUGGGAGCAUACUUCAGUUAUUCGAAAUAUGCCUCUUUCCACAAAGAGUGCACAAUGUCAUUUUAUGAUGUACCUGUUCUCCCAGACCUUUCUUCAGUUGUAAAAUCGUAGCUCUCUAAAUGUCUAAAGCGCUGAAGUGACUGCAGGGUUCCAGUGUUUGCUAGCCCAGCAGAACACCUCACUUCCUGUGCAUGCUGUCAGAGUCGAGUUGUUCUCAGGUGACAAUUUUAAAAAGGGAAUUAGAAACUAAAGGCCUAACUAAUUUAAGCCACUGGCGCACCUACCUAGGGCCACUGAGGGAAAGUUUGACACGUCCAUCCUCCGUUCCCUUCCGGUGUCAGAGUUCUGGAACACUACAAGGCUGUACCUGUCCAAAUGUGCAGUGUUCACCAUUUGAGCACCAGAGCCUGACACAUUUUGCCAAAGGAAGAAGUCCUGUUCUGUAAACUGGAAAGCUUCUAUUUUUUUAAUUACCUCCUUGUUUAAUGACUCCUUUUGGGAAGCAAGGUACAGAUAACCAGGCGUUAUCAACAGAGGUGGAUGAAAAUCCAUGGCACAUCUGUUGAAGCAUGUAUUUUGAAAAAAAAAAUGUGAUUCCCAGGUAUAUUGUAGUUUUAUAUUUUAAAUUUUUAUUAAUAAGGCUGAAUCUGAAUAAUAUAAUUUUCAGCCUUGCAGAGGCAUCAGAAGGAAGAUCAGCCUUUGGGAAGCAUCACAGUUAAGUCACAUGUGGUCCUGCCGCUGUGACUCUGAGUCCUAGGAACCUUCAGAAGUCACUUUGUGGCAAGUGUGCCUGCCCUUCCAAGCCCCAGAGAACGUCUAACUGCAGAGCCAAGGCUAGGAGAUGAAACCCUGCAUGGUCUGGGGGGAGGAGGCUCCUGAAUUGUUUAUUGUGUAGACAUGGAUCCUGUGAAGGAAAAACCUAAACCCGAGGGUAAUUGUUGCAGCAUCCAGUUCAUGUUGAGGAUUUCAACAGUCAUGAAAUAAGCACUCUGGUUUCCAAAAGAAAGAGUAGAGUGGCUCACACCCACCUGAGCUUUAAAACCAGCCAGCGCUUGAGACUGUUUCAUACAGAGAUUUGAAGAGUUUGGAAGCCCUGCUCCAUGGAGUGCAUGGAACCUUAACUGGGAGCUGCCGGAUAAAUGUGCCCUUGCUCCCUGUUCUUAUGGUUUGUCACCUACAGUGUCACAGCUCUUAUAGCAAUGACAGUGGCUAAUGAAUAUGAAUUUGCUUUUUUUUUU